GUCGCGGCUGGCAGAGGAGAAGAGAGAGAGAGAGAGAGAGAGACGAGGCCGGCGGCCCCGCUGAGCGGAGACUGAAGCCAGCAGCAGCCUUUGGGAAGAGACCCCCGGAGAGAGGCGGCUUGUCUUCCCCGCUCCAGCCCUUCUGGGGCAGCGGGGCGUUGGUCUUGGGCCCCUCCUGAGGACCUAGCGGAGAAGGAUCUACAGCCCCCCCCUCAUUCCUGGGCAGGUGGGCAGGUUCCUGGAACAGCAGUGGAGAUGGCUGCAGUGGCAGAACAGGAAAGUGAAACUCAAUUGUGCAACAAUUGUCAAAAAGAGAUUCCUCUGGCAAACUUUACCAUCCACGAGAUUCACUGCAGCCGGAACAUCGGGGUCUGUCCCCUCUGCAAGGAGUCCUUCCCCAAGGCAGAAAUGAGGACUCACCAGGAACAAGAGCAUGCCCAGAUUGUCUGUAAGUGCAGCAUGAGAAUGGACAGAGGACUCUUGCAGGAUCAUGUAGCUUUUGAGUGUCCCCUGCGGCCUGUUGCAUGUCAACACUGUGACAUUGAGCUGGCCUUCUGCAAGCUCCAGGACCACGAAGAUUACUGUGGGGCCCGGACCGAGCGAUGCGUCCGAUGCAACCGCAACAUCAUGCUGCGAGAACUGAAAACGCACCCCAUCGACUGUGGGGAGAAGGCCGCGGGGGGAGAGCCGGGCGGCCAGGCGAAGCCCCCUUUCCGCCCCGAGGCCCCUUGGCGAAACAUUCAGACCAUCCGGAACGUCCUGCAGCCGGACUUUGCCGGAGAGUCGCCGCUGAGGGGCAACAGGUUCCUGGAGAGCCAGCUGCACAGUUGGGUCUCGGGUGAUCAGCUGCCCAGCAGGGAGCCCAGUUGGAGGAACCGAGGCCCAUCCCAGCCAGAUCGGAGUCGAGCCCGUCUGGAAAAGGAGGCCCCGCCGCUGCCCGUGGACGGAGACUCGGACUACAACUUGGAUUACCUGCUGGCGCUCAGCUUGCAGCAGGAAAACAGCUUCGGCCAACCCCGUGUGGCCGAGCUCCACAGAGAACUCUGGAAGAACAUCUGCGCCCCCCAGGCCGGACCAGCAAAGAACUCCAGGGACCCCUCUCAGGAUUUGCUGGUGGCAGCCGACAAUCUGAACAGGCCCCAAACGGAGACCCUGCUGCCUUGUGAAUUCUGCGAGGAGCUGUUCCCCGAGGGAGACCUGAUCCUUCACCAGACGGGCUGCAGCCCCGCCAGCGCCUUGGCCUCCUUCAGCAAGAGGAGCAACCUGCCCCCGCCGACCGAAUGCCUGAGCGGCCUGUGGGGAGAGCUGCCUGGCAGGCGUUCUGUGGGCAGCGGAGAGACGUUUCCUCCCCAGCCCGGCAUCCAGGACAGCCUCUUGCUCCCGUGCGAGUUCUGCGGGGUCCAGCUAGAGGAGGAGAUCCUGUUCCACCACCAGUACCAGUGUGAUUUGCGCCCACCAACCGCCCCCUCGAGCGGGAGGAUGCCUGUACAGUCGGGGUCUCCAGUGGCGGAAAGCUCUGCGGGAACCGAGUCUCCAGAGCUCGUCAGAAGACGCAUCCGGCACCAAGGUGAGCUCUCUCCACAGUACCUGGAGCAACUCCAGCAGAGGACGCCUUUCCAGCCUGCUCCAAGGAGCCACUCCCAGGUGGCGGCCAGGCGCUUCCUGCUGGCCGCUCCCAACAACCAACAGAGGGAGGAAGCGGCUGCUCUUUCCAAGGCAAGGAAGCCCAAGAAACUGGGAGACAGCGAAGGAAGGACCCCGGGCCAAAGUCCGAGCGACCCCGUGGCCGCCCCUCUGCCUGCCAGAUACCCCCACUCGGACUACGCUCCCAGCACCUACAUCCCAAGCUUCCCUGCUACACACCCCACUCGCCCAAGCAUCAGACAGGAAGGAGGACAAAGUCCUUCAGCUCCGCCCCAUUUCAACAACGCCAAGGCAAAACCCUGGCAAGUGAAGUCGGCCAACCCCGACAGAGAAUGAGGGGAGAAUGUCCAGGGCCGCCCUUUCCUGCCUCCCCUCCGGCACGAGGACCUGGGCUUCAUGGCAAGAUUUCCGCAGGAGUUCCGGGACCGGCGUUCCACACCUGCCACAGAGGCGGCGGCAGGAUCCCGUGAUUGCUUUGUCAGUUGUGCCCUGUUUUGUUGCUGUUCAGGUGGGGGUACAGAGGGCCGAGUCGUUCCGGGGGCUCAAAACCUUUUGCUUGAGCAGACGCUUCCUCUUUGCAAGCAUAGAGAAACAACUCCCCCCCCCCCCCCCCCCCCUUUUCCAAAGGCCUGAGUAGACGGGCUAGUUAGUAGUUGCCGAGUUCGAACUUUGCUGCUAGGAGUGUCCCUCCCUCCCUCCCUGCCCUGCCCUCGCCCGCCUCUUCCUUUCUCCUCCUUCCCAGCCCAGUUUUUCACUCAAUGUGAAAGGAGGGGAAUCCCCCCCCAUCCCCCCAUGACCCUCCUGGGGGCUCCUCCCUGGGGUUCAGUCGCAGGGCCUUAAAAGCCGAAACGGGCGCUCCGAGGAGCCGGAGGGCCGCGCCCUUUUGUGUGUUUUGAGACUUUUCAAUUUCUUACAAUAAAGUUUGUACCUAUUAGCC